UUCUUCACCACUUCCUUAAAGUCUUUUUCUUUUAAGUACAUUUUUACAUUUAUUACUCCUCCUACUUAAAAUUAAUUCAUUUAUAUAAAGCCCUUCCCCCUCUUCAUUCCCUCACAAUGUAACAAAUUAUUCCAAGCUAAGCUACCUUGCUCCUUUUAUUCUUCUAUCAUGGAAACACAUUACUUACAAAAUGAUACUCAUCUACAUAUUUGUUUUAAUUCAACCACAACCACAACCACAACCACAAUCUCAACCCAGACCUCUUCGUCUUCAUCGUCUAUAACAUCAAAUUGUUCUUCUGAAGUCGAUGAAAAAAUGAUAAAUUUACGUUAUAAAAUUAAAAAUGGAUCGAAACGUAUUAGAUUAGAUAAUUCGAAUGAUGAGAUGACCAAAAAGAUUAAUAAUGAUAAUGAUGAUGAUGGUUGUAAGAAGGAUGGGCAUAACCAUCCAAUGUAUAGAGGAGUAAGAAAGAGGAGUUGGGGGAAAUGGGUGUCAGAAAUUAGAGAGCCAAGGAAAAAAUCAAGAAUAUGGCUUGGGACUUACCCAACGGCUGAAAUGGCGGCUCGAGCUCAUGAUGUUGCGGCUUUAGCCAUCAAAGGUGAAAAUGCAUUCCUUAAUUUCCCAGAGAUUGCUCAUUUAUUGCCUCGUCCUGCAUCCACGUGUCCUAAAGAUAUCCAAGCUGCGGCUUCCAAAGCAGCUGAAGCUGAGCCAAGCCGCAGUUGCCAAGCUACAAGUUCAACUUCCUCUGUUUCUUCUUCUAAUACAAGCUCUUCUUCUGAAGAACAUAGUGUUGAAUGGUCUGGUUCUGUGGGAUGCACAACAAUUCAUGAUGAUGACCAUGAUCAUCAUAAUCAUGAUGAUGUUAAUGAUGGGAAUGAUGAUUAUGAUGAGUCACUAUUUGACUUGCCUGAUCUUGUGGUUGAUAGCAAAAACCAGAGAGAUGUAGGGUAUUAUAGUCAUUCGACAUGGCAAAUAGCUCAAGAGGAUGCCAUGAUAUUUGGGUUUCAUGACGAUCAUGAUGAUGAAGAUGACCAAAGGCACAUUAAUAAUUUAUGGAUGAUGAGUUUAUUAGAAAAAUAGAUAAUUUAAUGAGUUAAUUACUCCUUAAUUUACUCAAUUAUAGCUAGUAUACUCUCAUUUUAAUUUCAUACACAUUUCAUUCAUUACAAAAAAACAAAAAAAAAAAAGGUCAAUAAUAUUGAGCUCAUGAAUGGUCAACAAUCAACAUUCAUGGCUUAGAACAUGGAGAAAAAUGGGUUUGAUUAUACCUUUGUUUUUUGUAUUCUUUUCUUGGGGGUUAGAUUUUUUUUGGGUUUGUAAGUUUUUGGAAGCUUGUUGGUUACAUCUCUUUUUGAGCAUAACAUGAGGUAAGAUGGGGCUAUCCUCCCCACCUUGCAAGACAAUGUAAGUUAUACAGCACAUAUACUACCAUAUUAUAGCAUAUUAUAAAUAUUUUUGCUAAUUUCUGUUAAUUUUUUUUAAACUUUUAUAUUAUAUAAUACUAUAUAUAUACAGGUUAUUUUUUUCUUACAAUUUUAAAAAUACUUUUUCGGUUCCAAUUUAGUUGUAAUGU